AUGGCACCGGAAGGAAGCCGAGAUUCGGCGAGGAAUCAGGAAAGAGGCAUAGAUUGCGAAAACGCUCAUUUGAAUGCGAGUGGGCAAGGGAUUUGUCUGAUUUGUCUGAUUAGUCUGAUGGCGGGAAGACGAGUGGAAAUUGGAAGAGAAUAUCGAACCAAUGUUGCAUGGCAUAAUGCUAAUGUGCCAGUUAUCCUGGAGAGUGAGGGGAUGGUUACGAUAAGCGCAAUGUCAAACCAGCAAGUAGGAGCAGUGGCGCUCAUAGCACUCGCCUCGUGGGCGUUAUCAAAGCUAGGAUACUCCUUGAUAGCAGCUCCCAGGGAGUCAAAACUUACCCUCUAUGUCCAUGAGAUUCGAGCACCUCCCGAUGCCACUCUUCUAGCAGCUGCAGGGACAGGACAGGACGACCUCACCAGGAUUGGCUUCGGGAGCUUCCUUGUUUUCGACAACGAAAUCAGGGAGAGUCCUGAAGCCAACAGCGUCUUGCUCGGCCGGCAGAGAGGGUUCGGUCCCAUCAGUGAUCUAGAAGGCAAGCGAGGCAUUCAGCUCAUAUCCACUGUUGUGUUUGGGAGGGGAUCGAGCUAUAAUGGGACUCUCACCUUUCAAGGCAACAUGGGUGGCCCUGAACCCACUUCUGAGCUUGCAGUUAUAGCUGGAACAGGAGAUUUUCGAGGAGCCAAAGGGUAUGCCAUUGUCGAAACCGUGAAGACUGGUCCACUGAGAGCAGUGUUUCGGUUAAGACCUGCAGUGCAAGACUCGGCGUCUUGUGUGAGCACACCGAGGGAGAAGUCAAUUCAGGUCGUCGUCGACUUACCGCCAAGGCGGCCACAUGACCAGAAUCUAGUGCAGGUUAGUCGGGUCGAGAGAAAUUCGAGCAUCAUGGAAGCUGUCGUCAACAACGGUUGUGAGUUCGAUGGCGACAGAUCUCGCAAGAUAAAGACAGUGGAUGAGCCGUUCUGCAUACUUGGAGCAGCUAAUACUGUGGCGAAGAUCGACGACCCCCUGAACUGGGGCAAAGCUGCAGACGCAUCGAAGAUAAGUCACCUGGAGGAGGUAAAAACCCUUGUCAGAAUCUUCUUUGAGGCGGAUACUGUUCGCCUGGAGGGUCAGAGCUUGACCGUGGCCGAUGUCGCAGCGAUUGCUCGCCGACACGAGGUGCAAGUCCAGUUGGACUCCGCCGUUGCGAAGGCUCGGGUGGACGAAAGCUCCGACUGGGUGCAGAAGAAGAUCAUGAAGGGAUCUGAUAUUUAUGGUGUCACCACCGGCUUCGGAGCCACUUCCCAUCGCCGCACCCAGCAAGGCGUGGAAUUGCAGAGGGAACUCAUCAGGUUUCUGAACGCGGGAGUAGUAAACUCUGGCAACACUCUCCCGGUGAGUACAACCCGGGCUGCGAUACUUGUUAGAACCAACACCCUUCUUCAGGGUUACUCUGGUAUCCGAUGGGAAAUCCUAGAAGCCAUGCAGCAACUUCUGAACGCUCGAUUGACUCCAAAGCUUCCUUUGAGAGGAACCAUAACAGCUUCCGGAGAUCUCGUGCCUCUCUCGUAUAUCGCAGGACUCUUGACAGCGCGACCAAACUCCGAGGCAGUAACUGAGGAGGGUAAAUCGAUAACUGCAAUGGAAGCCCUGAGGAAGAUCGGCAGGGAUCAACCAUUUGAGCUACAGCCCAAGGAAGGCUUGGCUAUGGUGAAUGGAACUGCUGUUGGAUCUGCAUUGGCUUCCGUUUGCUGCUUCGAUGCAAACAUCCUAGCAGUUCUGGCCGAAGUACUGGCUGCUCUCUUCUGCGAGGUGAUGCAGGGAAAGCCGGAAUUUGCCGACCCCCUCACUCACAAGCUGAAGCAUCAUCCAGGCCAGAUGGAGGCAGCAGCAAUCAUGGAGUGGGUAUUGGACGGGAGCUCGUACAUGAAAGCAGCGGCAAAAUCGCAUGAAACCGAUCCGCUGAACAAACCCAAGCAAGACCGUUAUGCUCUUCGAACUUCACCUCAGUGGCUAGGCCCUCAGGUUGAAGCGAUUCGCAAUGCCACACAUGCUAUCCAGAGAGAGAUCAACUCUGUUAAUGAUAACCCGCUAAUCGAUGCAGCAGGAGACAGGGCAGUUCACGGAGGCAACUUCCAGGGCACUCCAAUCGGAGUCUCCAUGGACAACAUGCGCCUCGCCAUUGCCGCCAUCGGCAAGCUCAUGUUCGCCCAGUUUUCCGAGCUUGUCAAUGAUUUCUACAACAACGGCUUGCCGUCCAAUCUCAGUGGAAGACCAAAUCCUAGCCUGGACUACGGAAUGAAGGGCGGUGAAAUCGCCAUGGCCUCUUACCUGUCGGAGCUCAACUACCUGGCCAACCCAGUCACCACACAUGUGCAAAGUGCGGAGCAACAUAACCAGGAUGUAAACUCCCUGGGGUUAGUGUCUGCACGCAAGACGGACGAAGCAAUUGAAAUCCUGAAACUCAUGAGCUCCACAUUCUUGGUCGGACUCUGCCAGGCCAUUGAUCUUCGCCACAUCGAAGAGACAAUGCAAGCCACUGUCAAGAACGUAGUUAGCCAAGUUGCGAAGAAGACACUCUUUAUGGGCCCGAAUAGCAUCCUCCUACCCGCCAGAUUCGCCGAGAAGGAGCUCCUCCGAGUCGUCGACCAUCAGCCCGUGUUCACGUAUAUCGACGAUCCAUCCAGCCAGACUAACCCCCUCAUGGAAAAAUUGAGGCAAGUUCUGGUACAAUAUGCACUCAAAAAUCCUAUCAACGAGAAAGACCCGGAGACCUCCGUGUUCAACAGAAUUACCGCCUUCGAAGACGAGCUCAAGGAAAGGCUGGCUUACGAAGUGCCACUCGUCCGUGAGGCUUAUGACAAUAAGGGCAUCUCUUCCAUCCCCAACAGAAUUGAGAACUGCAGAACGUAUCCGCUUUACAAGUUUGUCCGCACUGGUUUGAAAACCCAGCUCCUUUCCGGACUGCGCACUAUCUCCCCCGGCCAAGAGAUCGAGAAAGUUUACGAUGCAAUCUGCGAGGGCAAGCAUGUUGCUCCUCUCCUGCAAUGCAUCGAAGGGUGGACUGGCACCCCUGGACAAUUCUCAUGA